AUGCAUAUCUAUUCCUCUUAUGGUUUGUGGAACUCAUCAGUUAGAAAGGGAUGGAGUUUUCUUGCUGACAAAGCAAAAGGAGGUAGGUUACUGAAUUUGGAUGGAAGUUCAACCAUUGAGAAGCUAAAGUUGAUGGUUUAUGAUGACUUUGGAAUCGAUCUAACCCUGGUCAAUCUCGAGUUAAGCUACUUACCUUCUGAGUUGAUUAAUACUCUUGAGUCUCCUCCGGUUAUCAUCAGCAACGACCGGCAAGUUAAAAAAUUUCUAACCUAUGUGAGGACCAAACCUUCCACGCGCUUGUGUGUGUGUCUUCAGUCAAAGGAUGAGAAUCUCAAUAGGGAGGCACGUGUAAAUUUGAAUAACCAAGCAUCUGGUGCGGCCAUAAUGGAGGGACAUACGAAUGAAAAUUCAGAUGUGAAUUCUGGUGAAACCAAUUUCGACGAACAAGACAUUGAGCGGGAUGAAAGUGAUGAUGAAAAGAUGUGUGACAUAAAGGGAAGCAAGGGACAUAAUGUACGAUUUGCUUUGUUGGAUAUUGUGAAGAAGGGUCAACAUUUUAGCAGUAAAAUGUUACUAAAGGCGACAUUCGAAAUCUGUGCAAUGAAACAUAAUUUUGACUAUAAAGUCGUCAGAUCGGAUACCAAAAUUUGGUAUAUUCGGUGUGCAGAUGAAGAUUGCAGCUGGCGAGUUCGUGCAGAAGGGUUAAAAGGUUCUUCAUAUUUCAUUAUCAGAAAAUAUGUUGCUGAACAUUCAUGUGCUCCAUCAGCAAGAAACAAAUCUGUAAGGACAGCUUCAGCAAAAACAAUUGGUAAUCUGAUUAUGCAUAAGUACGAUGGUGUGAAGGCGGGGCCAAAAUGUAAUGAUAUCAUUGAGCUUAUGCGUGAUGAGCAUGGGAUCGAGGUGUCCAAGUCUUUAGCGUGGGAUGCGCGUGAGUAUGCUAUCAACACAAUGAGAGGCAUUCCAGAAACAGGUUAUGCGAAGAUUCCCAAAUACUUGUACAUGAUGAAGGAAGCUAAUCCUGGGUCACAUACAUCUUACGAAACUGACAAGGAUGGGAGAUUCCGAUUCCUUUUCAUCUCAUUUAGGCAGUGUGUCCGAGGUUUUUACAGAGCCAUUCGAAAAGUUAUUGUUCUCGAUGGGACGUUUUUGAAGAGCAAAUUCAAAGGUGUUUUACUAGUUGCUACUGCUUUGGAUGGAAAAUCAAAUUUAUAUCUACUUGCAUUUGGAGUUGUUGACUCAGAGAAUGACCUCUCGUGGAACUGGUUUAUGAGACAACUUAAAGUGGUUAUUGCUGAUGAGCAGAGUUUAGCUUUUUUCUCUGAUAGGAAUACCUCACUUGGUAAAGCUAUUGCAAACGUGCACCCUCAAUCUCAUCAUGGAAUUUGCAUUCACCACUUGCUGAAUAAUGUUGUAACUUAUUACCAUGGGAAAGGUUUGGUUGGUUUGGUUGCAAAGGCUUCUAAACCUCCAAUAAAAAUGCAGCUUACCAAACGCGACGCGGAAAAAUCAGAAGUGAGAACCGAACCCGAACUCUUUACGUAA